AUGGACGUACGUGCAAUCUCCCCGCCCAUCCCGCGCAUCACAAAUGUUGCUGACAAGCUCCUCUGGCGACAGGCGAUAUCAACCUUCAGCUUCGGCAACCUGGGCUGGCUUGCGACCCAGGCCGUCCCGCUCAUCAUAUGGCCUGGGUUCAUCACCAACCUCCUCCGUCCUGAGGACUACCAGGCCGCAGGCUCUCUUGAAGACUACUUUGCCCGCUCCCUAGGCUUCGCCCUCCUCACCCUCGGCCUCCUCGUCGUGACCCUCUCCGGCGCAAUCCCCCUCACAUCCGAGGACCAAACGCCCCCGGGGACCGUCUCGCCUUACGCCAACGCCGCCCUGGUCCUCUCCUCCAUCCACCACGCCUCCGCCGGCUUCUAUUGCUACAGCAGGUAUCUGCGGACGGGCCAGACGGCCUUCGUCCUCGGCUGCCUUGGCAGCACCGUCUUCGCCGUCUUCGGCCUCUGGUGCCUCAUGUUCGCCGGCGACAAGUCGCGCCGCAGCAAGAAGCACGGCUACGACAAGGACACGAGCUCGUUCCCCUUCAAGAAUGCCGAAUCCUACCGCACCAAGAAGAAGGGAAUGUAA